UGGGAUUGCCACUCAAACCCGAAUAGCUGGGACGCAGGAAACAUGCCCGCAUCGCAGUCAGGAUUUGGAAACUUUUUCUUGGAGAGGAACAUCAGCAUGCCGACAGGAUACCAGAUCCCGGUGUUGGGAUGCCCACCGGGUGUGCAGCAGCAACAGGCUCAACAUCUGGCAGCGAUGGCAGCUGGAGUUCCCCUCGCUUACUCAGGACUACAGGGAUAUAACUUCAUCCCCUAUCCACAUCACAGACCCAUCAGCCACAUGAACACCAGUUUUGACCUGAAAGCCGCCUCUCCUUACCAUCACGCCCUCCUAGCCCGUGGGGGACCUUUCUACUCGCCGUACCGCCCAGGAGCAGCCGAGGACCCCGGCAGGGUCGCCAAGGUGGCCACCCGAGAGAGCACCGGGGCGCUGAAGGCCUGGCUCAACGAGCAUCUGAAGAACCCGUAUCCGACCAAGGGAGAGAAAAUCAUGCUGGCUAUCAUCACCAAAAUGAGCCUCACUCAAGUCUCCACCUGGUUCGCCAACGCGAGGCGACGCUUGAAGAAGGAGAACAGAGUGAGCUGGGCGUCUAAAGGGAAAUCAGAUGAGGAGGAUGAGGAGCAGGAGGGUGAGAGCGAUGAGGAUGACAAAUGUAUUUUGGAUGAGCAGGAUGAGGCAGGGCAUCAGGGUGAGCGUCCGGAACACUGUGCGCAGGCGGAGAGCGCACUGGACACCUCAACACCUGUGGAUGCGCGUCUGGAGAUGCCGCAGGAGCCAAAAGGAGAGCACGAGGACAGGGAUCUUGACCUUGUGAAGAAAGUUGAAAAGAAAGACUCGGACCACACACCAGCUUUGGAAAGUAAAGAAAACACUGUCAGUCAAAAACCCAAAAUCUGGUCUUUGGCAGAAACCGCCACCUCAGAAACUGUGAAGAAACCCCUGGACAAUACUUUCCACCCCACGGGCUCCCAGGUCGGAAAACUGUGGGCUGAGUGGGCUUCGAGAAACGGACUAUUUGUCCCGUCAUGUUAUACCACUCAUGAAAUCCUGUGAGUGGGUAUUUAAGACACGACAGACACUAUCCACAUCUUUUGCACUUUAACCUUUCAAACCUCAGGGAGUUGAGUCAUUCAUUCCUGACGUUUGCAGUGAAAUGAAAAUCUGUUUGAGACCAAAGACUUAACGUGAUGUUUAAUUGUAAAUAAAUGUAGAUGUAUUUUUCCAUCACCACCCUGUAAAUUAUGUUUCAUUUGUCUAAACAUGAAGAACUAUUUUUUCUUAAAUAAAACCAGUAUCUAGCAGUA